AUGCACGGUGGGAACACUUCUGAGGCGAUGGAAGAUUUCACAGGAGGUCUGACGGAGUUUCUGGAGCUUGGCACCUACAAUCCCCUACCAUAUCUCUUUCGAAUUAUAGAGAAAUCUAAUGAACGGCGAUCCCUAAUGGCAUGCUCGAUUGACGCCAGCCCGGAUCAGAUGGAGGCUGAUGGUCCAUUCGGUUUAGUACUGGGUCACGCUUAUUCGGUUACAGAUGUGAAGCGAUUUGUUCACGUGAGUAAAGCCGAGGGACCUCGACAGCUACAGCUUCUUCGUCUACGUAACCCGUGGGGUAACGAUAGAGAAUGGUACGGCCCAUGGAGCGAUCGGUCGAAUGAGUGGAACGGCAUAUCUGCAUCGGAGCGAAAACGAAUUGGCCUCGUGUUCGAACAUGACGGCGAAUUCUGGAUGUCUAUGGAAGAUUUUUUGCGCUACUUUUCGCAUCUGGAAUUCUGUCACCUCGGGCCUGAAUCGCUUGGACUUUGGCAUACGUUGCGUCAAGAUCCCAAUAUGCGGCGAUGGGAGAUGACUAGAAUGGAGGGCGAAUGGAUUCGAUACGCGUCUGCCGGCGGCUGUCGAAACUACGAAGGCACGUUUCACAUGAACCCUCAGUUCCGUGUCCAGGUGACGGAUCCUGAUGAGACAGACGGAGAUAAUAUGGGCACCAUCAUUGUGGGUCUCAUGCAAAAAGGGCGAAGGGAACAACUGAAAGCAUAUCAUACGAUUGGGUAUGCGAUUUAUCGGAUCGGGACCGAUUUCCUGGAGGAAUCAAUUACUCAAUUUCACGAACACGUCCAGUCUGUGGAUAUUGCUUCCUUCAAUAAAGUGUAA